CCUCUUUCCACUUUAUCUGCAUUUUUACUUUUUUUUUUUUUUGCUGUUCUCGUCAUUUUACUUUCCAUAUAACCUCAUACUCAUUCACUUGCCAUAAAACUAAACCUUACAAACCUACAAAAGUAUGGUCAUUCACAACAAUAACAACGGCAACAGUAACGUACCAGAAGUGCCACUCGCACUCGUCUCAAACGCGUACCUGGACGAGUUGACCGCUGGUUUGAGAGCACGUCCUAUCCCGUGGGAGGGUUACCAAAGAGCUACACUUAUUACACAAAAGGAAUUGGAAUACAUUAAAGCUGUAGACAAGAAGACAGGCGAGGACCUGUCUCGGGUGGUUGACCAGGAGGGAAAAGUAUAUGCUGAGUUGUUCAUCAGUCUCUUACAAAAACUUGUCCGUGUCGAUACGAUUCAAUCGAUUCUCAUAUUGGUUGAUGAUCUACUUAUGGAUCAUGAAGAACGAGCAUCUUAUUUCCUAGGACUUGCAAAGGGUGACCCCACUCUUCCUUAUGCCCCUCUCUUAAAAUGCCUACGAAGUGAUGAUGAAUUUGUACCUUUAAAGGCCAGCAAGAUCUUGACGAUGCUUCUGUGUGCGAGUCCUAAACCGAACGAAGAUGCUGCACAGGAAUUGUUCCGAUGGACAACAGCUCAGCUACAGAGUAACAAUCAUUCAGUAGUCGAUCUGGCUGUCCAGGUAUUGGAGUCUGCCCUUCGCCAGAGAAGUUUGAGACUCAUUUAUUGGAACACACCUCAGGCCAUGGAUGCAUUGGUCCGGAUCAUAAAGAGGGACUCUCCAACGCCUCAAAUGCAAUACCAAGUCAUUUAUUGCUUCUGGAUCUUAUCCUUUGAUACCCAAAUCGCAGAGGAGCUCAAUCAGAAAUACGAUAUUAUCCCAACACUUGUAGAGAUUGCAAAAUCAGCCAUCAAGGAGAAAGUAAUUCGUGUUAUCAUCUCCACCUUGCGUAACUUGGUUGAAAAAGCACCAGAGGCAAAUUUGGCUGCCAUGGCUGCUGUCAAGUUGCUGACUUUUACAGAGAAUCUAUCGACUCGAAAGUGGACCGAUGGUGAAAUCCUAGAGGAUGUCAACUAUCUCAAGGCGGAAUUGGAAGAGAAUUUCCAGACAUUGACUACAUUUGAGGUUUAUCAAGCAGAGUUGUUGUCGGGAAGAUUGACUUGGUCACCACCACAUCAAUCAGAUCUUUUCUGGACAAAGAACUGGCGUGAACUAAAGAACGAUAACUAUGCCCUCUUGAGGGUGCUUGCGCGAUUGCUCAGUACAGCAACGGAUACAGUCGUACUUGCUGUUGCUGCCAAUGACAUUGGACAAUACGUUAAACGGGAUCCUGCUAGUAAAAAGUUUUUACAAGAGAUUGGAGUCAAGCAAAAGAUUAUGGAGCUGAUGUCGCACCCUGAUCAGGAGGUUCGUUAUAACAGUGUGAACGCCAGUUGGUCCCUGAUUGGAGGCAGUGGGCAUGUUUAAAGACAAGGAAGAUGGGG